CAUCCACCAUGCCCAAGGCGACCUCGCAGACAUUUACGCGGACACACGGGCUCUCGGCGGCGAGCAAGCGGCCGGAAAGCAAGAAGGGGGAGGGGAGCGCGGCGGCCGCGGGCGCCGGCGGCGCGCGCAACCAUCUCUUCAACACCGACCGGUUCGGGCAGCAUAUCUUGACCAACCCGCUGGUUGCGCAGGGCAUCGUAGACAAAGCCGAGCUCAAGCCCACAGACGUCGUGCUCGAAGUCGGCCCCGGAACAGGCAACCUCACCGUGCGCAUCUUGCCGGCGUGCAAGCGCGUGAUUGCGAGCGAAAUGGACCCGCGCAUGGCGGCCGAAGUGCAGAAGCGUGUAUUGGGGACCCCACAACAGAAGAAGCUCGAGAUCAUCUUGGGCGACUUCAUCAAGGCCGACCUGCCGUACUUUGACGUGUGCAUCUCCAACACGCCGUAUCAGAUCUCCUCCCCGCUCGUCUUCAAGCUCCUCUCGCAGCGCCCCGUGAUCCGCUGCGCGGUCCUCAUGUUCCAGCGCGAGUUCGCGCUGCGCCUGUGCGCCGCCCCCGGCUCCAAGAUGUGGUGCCGCCUCGCGGCCAACGUGCAGAUGUACGCGCGCGUCGAGCACGUCAUGAAGGUCGGCAAGGGCAACUUCCGGCCGCCGCCGCAGGUCGAGUCGAGCGUCGUGCGCAUCCGCCCACUCGACCCGCCGCCGGCCGUGCGCUUCGAGGAGUUUGACGGGCUCAACCGCAUCGUCUUUGCGCGCAUGCACAAGACGGCGCGCGCGUGUUUCCGCGCAAAGGGCGUCAAGGAGCUCGUGGAGAAGAACUACCGCACGUGGUGCGCGAUGAAUGAGCGCAUGGUCGAGGACGACUUUGAUCCGUGGGCGCUCAUCGAGGAUGUGCUUUCCACCACCCUUGUGCCGGCCAAGACGCUCGACGAAGACGAAGUGCGCCCCGCGUACGGCGAUAUGCGCGCAGCACAGUUGUCCGGCAACGACCUCCUCGAACUCCUCGCCGCCUUCAACUCCCGCGGCGUCCACUUUGCCUAAUGUUGUAUAGUAUCGCGUAUCGCGUCCACACCGCCGUCGACAUGUACACUUUUUCUGCAUAUCACACAUGCCCGCGUGCAAGAGACUACGUUGCUGGAUGCUAUGCGCCACGUCGGAUGCUCGGCUGGCCACGCGGCGAGCCGCAGAACGAAUUGAGAAACGGUGCUGAUGCAAUAAUGUAUGGGUAACUGGG